AUGAUGUCCCCACUCGCGCUGCUCCUGGCGCUGCUCUGCCUGUACCUUCACAGCUGGGCCGCAGAAGCAAUAAACCUGAAGCUUCUAAUGGAUGGAAAAACAUACACCAUGCUAUACGAAUCGAAGAAGGUGAAAUUUUCCGAUCUAGACAUUCUCAACAUCAUGUUCCAUUCGAACCAAGUGAGGCACUGUGGCAACUCAGUCAUUUGUUAUCUUCUCAAAAUAUCAGCCACAGAUAUUGAAAAUAUGAAUUACGUAGUUCGUCACAUAGACAUUUCAUAUAACCGCCCCCUGAAGUAUGAAAAUGUUUAUAAAAUAAUCGGGGGCGUGACUAGCUAUGGCUCCACCUCCAUGAAAAUAACUCUGUUUGGGGUAGGAUCGACCACCAAAGAGCAAGGGGAAGCGGAACCUGGCCAUAUUAGUGAGGCCAGCAGCGAGGGAAGCGAUGAGGAAGAUAAUAUGUUGACGAUGCUAAGGAUGAACUCAUUACACGAAAAUACGAAGAGAAAAAAACAGUUGAGGAGAGAUAAAUCUAUUGAUAAGUUGCUCAAUGAAUUGGGGGAUGAAAACCAAAACAUCACCGAAGCGAUUAACAUAAAAAACCCGUUGCUGCAAGAAAUGGCUUCCAAAAAAGAAUGCAUAAAUUACUUCUCCGUUGUUUAUACUUUGGUCAAAGUAGACGAUAAGGGGGAAAAAAGCGUAAUCGAUGAUGCCUUUAAAAAUGAGCACAUGCCGAUGGAUAUAGAUCAGCUCAACGAAGUUGUUAAAGUAUUUUGUUAA